AUGCUGCUGCUCCGCCGCUUCUUGCAAGCAUCUGCGACUCCAUCGUUGCCGACGAAAGCUUCCGUGACCAGACUGCAAGGCGAGAAGUGCUCAAAGUGCCUUGGAGAGCUUCAGAAGGCAUGCCAGGAAGCCUUCUCGGGGCCGGAGUUCCAGAUGAAGCCUUUCGAUUGGUGCCCGGACCCCGUGCUCACGACCUUCGGCUCCACGGUGCAGGGCACGGCCAUCAAGACGUCAGACCUGGAUGUCCGCUUGUCCUUCGAGCAGUUUGAAGUGAGAGAUAAGGAAAGACAGGUCCUCUAUCUAACCACGCUCUCGAAGCUUCAUGGUGCUGCUUUUGAACUGGAUCGGCUGAUUGCCACUGCAAGCUUGCCGCUGCUGCGCCUGUGGUACCGCCACCUUCAAGUGGACAUCACCAUGGGACUCACAGAAGAGUUGGAGGUGGACAAGUUCUUGGCGACAGUCUUGGACGCGGCAGUGCCUGCCGCUCGUAGCAUGGUCUGCUUGGCCAAGGCAUUCGCCAAAACUAACGACGUGCUCAAUGCCUACUCGGGCUACCUGAAUGCUGUGUCGUGGGUCUGUCUUUGUAUCGCUUUCCUCAAAGAGGAGUACGAUGACGCCCUUCAAGCCGUCCCUCUUGAAGUUGGUACCUUCUCCAGGUUCCUGCACUUUGUUGCCAAAUGCUGCCGGCGCCGGCGGCACAUCUCCUUCAAAUCGAAAGGCUCCAAAAGGCCUCAGCAAGGCCGAACCGCGCAAUGUUUGUUCAUCGAGCAUCCGACACUUCCAAACAGGAACUUGGCACACUGCUUGCGCCAAGACGGUUCCAAAAAGACGGUUGAAGCUUGCGAGCAAGCAGCGAAGCAAAUCCAAAGAUGCUCCGAUACAGGAUCCCUCGAAGCCCUCGAAGAGACGCUCCAACGCCUGCUUGGCGUCAGGAAGCGAAAGACCGCCGAGCCAGAGCUCCUGGAGUUGGAGCAUGGUGCCUGCAGCGCGCAGCCCACGAAAGGCUGCUGCGACCGCGGCGCUUCGACAAGAACUUGA